AUGAAGAAGAACACAGUUCUCGAUAAUGCAUACAUAGUUCCGUACAACCCAUCUCUAUUGCUAAAGUAUGCUUGCCACAUUAACGUUGAGCAUACAUGUCAGACAUCUGCCAUAAAAUAUUUGUUUAAAUACGUUCACAAGGGAAAUGAUAGAGUCACGGCUUCUUUCUUCCAGAGCAAUGACGAAGGACAGCUCGAAAAGGUAAUUGAUGAGAUCAGAAAUUACUACGAUUGUAGGUACAUAUCUGCAUAUGAAGCUGCAUGGAGAAUAUUUGGGUAUGAGAUACAACUUAAGGAACCAUCGGUUGUCAAACUCCCUUUUCACUUACCAAACAAACAUCCCGUGGUUUUUAGAGACUAUGAGAACAUAGUUGAUGUCAUCGACAGGGCUGACGGCAAGCCAACAAAGAUCCUAGCAUGGAUGCUUGCAAAUAGACUAUUUGCAUCUGGUCGUGCGCUUACCUAUAGUCAGUUUCCAACCAAAUUCGUUUGGAAAGAAGAUAUCUCCAUGUGGAUGCCUAGGAAACAAGGCUUCUCAAUUGGCAGAUUAACUCAUGUCCCACGUGGUAAUGGUGAAGACUAUUACCUCAGGCUUCUACUUAAUAUUCAAAAAGGUUGUUUGAGUUUUGUUGACUUGUGGACGGUUGAGGGCGUGGUGUAUACUACGUUCAAGGAAGCAUGCUAUGCAUUGGGGCUUCUACAAGAUGAUAAAGAAUUUAUUGAUGCAAUCUUAGAAGCAAGUUCUUGGGCAUCUGCAGCUUACAUACGCAACCUUUUUGUCGUCCUCUUAUUGUCAAACAACAUUGGUAGACCUGAAAUCGUUUGGCAACAGUGUUAUGGUGUGCUAUCUGAGGACAUCUUAUAUAAUCAUAGAAAAAAAUUGCAUUCUGCAGACUUGCAACUUUCCGAGGACCAAAUCAUGAAUCUCACCCUUUCAAAGAUAGAGAAAAAACUCCAGGCUAAUGGUAGAUCGCUUAAAGAAUUCUGUCAAAUGCCUUUUCCAAGUAUUACCUCUGUAGAGGGGUUAGAUGAUCGUUUGAUCAUGGAUGAACUGAACUUUGACCGUGGUGUUCUACACGAUGAGUUUACUAAAAACUUCACAGAAAUGAAUGUAGAUCAAAGGAAAGCAUUCGAAGUGAUUAUGAAGGCCGUAGAUGCGAAUGAUGGAGAUACUACCACAUUGAAAGACGUUGAUGAAUUUGCCACGUGGUUGUUGGGGAUAGGUGACGGCCUUGCUGGAGAUUCAACUGAUGAUAACAUCUUUUUUCAAGGACAGAUCAAUCUUGACCCCAACAUUGGAAGUUGUAAAUGA